AUGGAUACCAUCGACAUCAAGCCGAAAGGCCCCGACUCGGACACGAGCUCCGACAAGCUCAAGCACGACGCUGAGAAGGACGGCUUCGAAGUCUCGAACGCCGGCUACGUACUCAAGAGCGACGGUGCACAGGCUGAGCUUGCAGGUAUCCCUGAACCCGACGAGGGCAAGGUUGUACACAAUGCAGCUGAUAUCGUCACCCAAGUACUUUCGCUUGAGGACGACCCUUCCCUGAACCCUUGGACCUUCCGUAUGUGGUUCCUGGGUCUCGGUCUUGCAAUUUUUGGCUCAGUGCUGCAGGAGAUCUUUUACUUCAAGCCUCAGGUCAUCUAUGUCUCUCUCGUCUUCCUUACGGUCAUCGCCUAUGCUCUGGGUGAAUUCAUGGCUGCGGUCAUUCCGAGGAAAGGCCGCAUCGGCAAGCUCCUCAACCCGCACCCGUUCAACUUGAAAGAGCACACUGCUAUCACCUUGAUGGCAUCAGCUGGUACCCAGUCGGCUCUCGCCACCGAGGCUCUGGCCGCUCAACAGCUGUUCUACGGAGGAUACCCUUCCAAGGCUGCCGGUAUCUUCUUGGUCCUCUCGUCACAGCUCCUCGGCUUCACUGUCGCUGGUACGCUCCGCAAUGUGCUUGUGCGACCUGUCAAGAUGCUUUGGCCCGCCAAUCUGCCUUUGACCUCGCUCCUCGAGACCUUUCACGGCAGCAAAGCUGCUGAUGCCAAGACGGUCGUCAAGAAGCGUAUGAAGGUCUUCUGGAUGGUCGCCGGCGCCCUGUUCGUGUGGGAGGUGUUCCCCGAGUACAUCUUCCCCGUGCUUGAAGGUGUCUCGAUCUUCUGUCUGGCCCACCAGAACAGCAGCGUGUUCACCAACCUCUUCGGUGGUGCCUCCGGUAACGAAGGACUCGGUUUCCUUUCGGUCUGCUUCGAUUGGCAGUACAUCGCGUCCUUGGGUUCUCCCAUGUGGCUUCCUCUGGAGACGAUGGUCAAUUCAUUCGUGGGUUACAUCGGCUGCAUCAUCCUCUUCAUGGGUCUCUACUACGGCAACAUCUUCCGGGCGCAAGACUUCCCCUUCCUUUCGCAAGAACUUUUCGAUGGAACAUCAAAUGGCACCAACGCAUUUAUCUACAACCAGACUGCCAUCAUGACUCCGGAGUUCCUGAUCGACGAAGCUGCGCUGCACGCACAGGGAAUCCCCUGGCUCACUGCUACCUACCUCGGCUACCUCAUCUCCUCGAACGUCGGUCUCACGGCUUGCUUCACUCACAUGAUGCUUUGGAACUACGAUGACCUCAAGGCCGGUUGGGAGUGGGCUUACCCCUCGGAGCUCAAGAAGCUGUUCGCCGACCCUCACUGGUACAAGUUCUGGCGCGCCAGCACCGAGGAGGAACAAGAUGCCUGGGCAAAGAGGAUGAACGAGGACGAGCGAUGCGAUCCCCACUACAAGAUUAUGAUGAACAACGGCUACAAGGAGGCACCGAUGUGGUGGUGGGUCUGUGCUCUCCUCGUCUCCUGGGCCGUGGGUCUCAUCUGCCUCUAUGUCAUGCAUUCGACGCUUCCCUGGUGGGGCUUCAUCUUGAGCACGGUGUUCACAUUUGUCUUUAUGCUCUUCUUUGGAGCUCAGGCAGGUAUCACUGGCUUCGGUUUCAACCUGCAGCCCAUCUGCCAGAUGCUUGCCGGGUACAUGUUCCCUGGACGUCCGCUCGCCAACCUUUACUUUACGUGCUACACGUACAACACCAUGUCGAUGGGUCUCACCCUGGCCAGGGAUCUCAAGCUUGGACAGUACACACACUUGGCUCCGAUGUGCACUUUCACAGUCCAGGUCGUCGGUUGCCUUGUCGGUGCUCUCAUGAACUGGGUUAUGAUGGCUGAGAUCGUGGCAAACCAGGCCACCAUCCUCAAGUCAGUUCAGGGCACCAACAUUUGGUCGGGACAGAACAUUCAGCAGUUCAACACGCUCGCCAUCGCCUGGUCCAUCGCCAAGGACAUGUUCUCGAUCGGUGCCAAGUACCAAUGGGUGACGAUCGCCUACCUUAUUGGUUUCUUCGUUCCCAUUCCCAUGUAUCUGGGCAACAAGAUCUGGCCACACCGCGCUUGGAGCUACUUCAACUUCUCGAUCAUUGCCUGGUACCUUGGUUGGCUCUUCGUCGGCAUCAACGCCUCGAUCCUUUCGUACUUCCUGGUUGGCUUCUUCGCCCAGUUCUACCUCCGAAAGUACCGACCCAGGUGGUUCAAUAAGUAUAACUACAUUGUUUCGGCCGCCCUCGACGGAGGUACCCAGACUCUGGUCUUCAUCCUCACUUUCGCCGUCUUCGGAGGCAGCGGAAAGGCUCGCCCCUUCCCCACUUGGGCUGGAAACCCCGAUACGACGGUCCACAACCUCGACUACUGUGCUGUCUCCACCAUCAACGUUCAGUAG